GCAGGAGGGCGUGCGGCCGAUGGCUGGGCUCUGCGGAGCUGUGGCGUUCAGCGCGGCGCGCUGGCUCUGCCGGCAGACGCCUGUGGGGCUCCGGGGCAGGUGGUCCGGGAGGGGCUACGCCGUGGGCCGCGCUGAGAGCCCACCAACCUUUGGGUUCCUGUUGGACAUCGAUGGCGUGUUAGUACGGGGUCACAAAGUGAUCCCAGCUGCUCUGGAAGCAUUCGGCAGGCUGGUGAACUCCCACGGGGAGCUACGGGUGCCUGUGGUUUUUGUCACAAAUGCUGGGAACACCUUACAACACAGUAAAGCCCAGGAGCUGUCAGCUCUGCUGGGGUGCAAGGUGGAUCCAGACCAAGUCAUUCUCUCUCACAGCCCCAUGAAGCUCUUCUCCCAGCACCAUGACAAGCGGAUGCUAGUGUCAGGGCAGGGGCCCAUGGUGGAGAAUGCCCGAGCGUAUCCUUUUGUCUUCUUGCUAUGGUUGGAGAGGAAGGGGCAGGACUACGACUUCUCCCUUGGCCAUGCGGGAACCAGAGUAGGGAGUGCUGUGGCCCAUGACUGGGCUUCCGAGACGUGGUUACAGUGGAUGAGCUGCGAAUGGCCUUCCCAGUGCUGGACAUGGUGGAUCUCGAGCGGCGGCCAAAGACCACGCCCUGUCCAGCUUCUUGGCUUGGGUUGCUCAGUGAGCAUGGUCUCUGACCCACCCACCUCUAGAGACUGGAUGCUCCUGGAGUGGAAAGUGACUGUGGCAUUGAUGGGCCUCUUCUUUGUCUUUUGGCAGCCCCUUCUGAGGAGUGACUUCCCAGCUAUUGAAGGGGUGCUCCUCCUUGGGGAGCCUGUCCGCUGGGAGACAAGCCUGCAGCUGAUCAUGGAUGUCCUCCUCAGCAAUGGGAAACCUGGGGCUGGCCUGGCAAUGGCCCCCUAUCCCCACCUUCCUGUCCUGGCCAGCAACAUGGAUCUCCUUUGGAUGGCUGAAGCCAAGAUGCCCAGGUUUGGCCAUGGCACUUUCCUGCUGUGCCUGGAAACCAUCUACCGGAAACUGACGGGCAAGGAGCUGAGGUACGAGGGCCUGAUGGGCAAACCCAGCAUCCUCACUUACCAGUAUGCAGAGGACCUGAUCAGGCAACAGGCGGAGCGGCGGGGCUGGGCUGCCCCCAUCCGGAAGCUCUAUGCUGUAGGUGAUAACCCCAUGUCUGACGUCUAUGGUGCCAACCUGUUCCACCAGUACCUGCAGAUGGCGAAAUGUGGCAAGGCAGAGGAGCAAGAGGCUGUGGGCCUGUGGAAGCAGCGACCCUCAGCAACCCAGAGCUGCACCUCCAUCCUGGUGUGCACUGGUGUGUACAGUUCCCAGGUCCUGGGGUCCACACAGCCUUCCCUGGGAGGAGCAGAGCCUCCAUUCCAUGGGCACCGGGACUUCAGCUUCAGUCCAGAGCUCAUGCAGGCGUCCCACAUUGUGAACGAUGUGAACGAGGCUGUGCAGCUGGUUUUCCUCCAGGAGGGUUGGGCUGGAUAGUGAGGGGCUGCAUUGGAGGCAAGGGGCCUGAGGAAGCCUGGGCCACAGAGAAAUCCUAUCUGCUGGGCCCUGGCCUAGGUCAUGUGUCAAGUCACGUCUGGUUCCCUUGCCACUCUCUUCCUGGGAUGUACUGGUCAAGAGGACAGUGGCGUAUUUUUUUCCUGCUGGGCGUAGCCACAGAAAUAUCCCUUGGGCAGCAUUUCAUGUGGAGCUGCUGGAAUUUCUGGGCAAAAUUGCUAUGUGCCUUGCCCUGCAGUCUGAAUUCAUGCCAGUCCCUUUACCUCUGUGCCUCAGUUUUCUCCUCCUCGCAGCAGGGACUUCUAAACAAAGGGGAGGCAGUAUGGAAUAAUGUGGAAGCUUCUGCAGAGCCUUUGCUCAAUGAAGUAACCACUGCAUGUAAGCAAGGUGUGUAACGCUUACAUGCUAGUUUUUACUGUAUUUUAGUUUAUUACCCAGAGACUUUGGGCUUAUUUUUUUAAAUUAAAAUCAUCCUAAUAAAUAUUCGUUGUGCUAUCUCUUGUGAAGCUGUCUGGAAUGUAAUAAAGUCCCAUGGGGAGCAGACAGUGGGUGAGUGGUACCCAUGGGUAAUCUCUCUGGAGGCAUUUCACUUCAUAAGGUGUGGGGUGUCCAACCACUGUCUUUCUGCCCCUGCCCUGAACCCACACCCAGCCUGGGCUGCUGACUUUACCUGAGCAUAACUAUCCAAAACCCAGUGCACCUGAGCUGACUCUUCUAGUACUCCGAGCAUAACCCAUUCUCUCCUGUAGUCUUCCCUGGGCAUCUCCUCAUUGUCCCCAGUGACAUCACACUGCUCUUGUCUUGUCCCCCAUAUAAACUUUGC